AUGAACGUCCUUAAGCUCCAGAGGAAAUUUCCUCAAUUCCAACAGAACGAUAUCUUUUCCCUCGCCGACGCCUUCCGUAAGCUCGAUGUUGACGACAAGGGGUACAUUGACGAGGCUACCGCCAUCAAAGCCACGCAAACAAGCGAGCGUCAGCCCUACGAUGUGGUCCGUCAGGCGCUAAAAGAUGUUGAGCUUGAUUCUUCCAGGCGAGUCGAGCUAGAAGACUACGUCGGGGUACGUCUACAUCCUGCCGAUCCCCAAGCUUCACGACCUGCUAGCAUCGGCGGCAGCGGCAAGAUCUUCGUGCAAGGGUCGAACUCUAACAUCACUCACACCAUCAACGAAGAUGAGCGCACUGAAUUCACCCGUCACAUCAAUGCAGUUCUCGCAGGUGACCCCGACAUUGGCGCCCGGUUGCCGUUCCCGACAGACACGUUCGAGAUGUUCGACGAGUGCAAGGACGGUCUCGUGCUCGCCAAGCUCAUCAACGACAGCGUCCCGGACACGAUCGAUGAGCGUGUGCUCAACAUUCCCGGGAAGAAGAUCAAGUCCCUCAAUGCCUUCCAUAUGAGCGAAAACAACAACAUCGUCAUUGAGUCGGCCAAGGGUAUCGGCUGUUCAGUGGUCAAUAUUGGCAGUGGGGAUAUCAUCGAGGUCCGGGAGCAUCUCAUCCUUGGACUAAUCUGGCAGAUCAUCCGCCGCGGUCUCCUGGGCAAAAUUGACAUCAAGCUGCACCCCGAGCUUUACCGGCUUCUCGAAGAGGACGAGACUCUGGAGCAGUUCCUGCGCCUUCCCCCAGAGCAGAUCCUCCUCCGGUGGUUCAACUACCACCUCAAGGCCGCCAACUGGCCAAGAAGGGUGCAGAAUUUCUCCUCCGAUGUGAAAGACGCCGAAAACUACACCGUCUUGUUGGCACAGAUUGGGCACGAGUACGGUUGCACUCGGGGCCCUCUGCAAACCCGGGACCUGCACCAACGAGCGGAAGAGGUACUCCAAAAUGCCGAUAAGCUAGGGUGCCGGAAGUUUUUGUCUCCCUCGUCGCUCGUGGCCGGCAAUCCCAAGCUCAACCUCGCGUUCGUUGCCAACCUCUUCAACACACACCCCGCCCUCGACCCCAUCACCGAAGAGGAGAAGAUCGAGGUAGAAGACUUUGACGCGGAAGGCGAGCGCGAGGCCCGCGUGUUCACGCUGUGGCUCAACAGCUUGGAUGUGCAGCCAGCCGUCCAGUCCUUCUUCGACGACCUUUGCGACGGCACCAUCCUGAUGCAGGCGUACGACAAGGUUAUCAAGGGCUCGGUCAACUGGCGGUGCGUCAACAAGCGGCCGGCGCACGGUGGCGAAAUGUCGCGGUUCAAGGCGGUCGAGAACACAAACUAUGCUAUCGAGCUCGGCAAGCAGAACGGCUUCUCGCUGGUUGGCAUCCAGGGUGCCGAUAUCACAGACGGGCAGCGCAAGCUCACCCUGGGCCUGGUCUGGCAAUUGAUGCGCAAGGACAUCACCCUAACUCUCAAGGGCCUGGCGCAGCGCCUCGGCAAGCGCGAGAUCACCGACGCCGAGAUGGUCCGUUGGGCAAACGACAUGAGCCGCAAGGGCGGCCGCAACUCGAGCAUCCGCUCUUUCAAGGACCCAGCUAUCGGCACGGGCAUUUUCUUGCUGGAUGUGCUCAGCGGUAUGAAGAGCAGCUAUGUUGACUACGACCUGGUGACGGAUGGCCGCACCGACGAGGACGCCUACUUGAAUGCUAAGCUGAGCAUUAGCAUUGCGAGAAAGAUGGGGGCGACCAUCUGGCUGGUGCCUGAGGAUAUCUGCCAGGUUCGCGCCCGUUUGGUGACGACGUUUAUUGGUGAGUCCAACCUAUUUCCAUGGUGA